AUGGAUGCCCGGGCGCCGCCAUGGCCGUCGCGGCCCCGGGACCCGCAGCGUGACGGCGAGCAGCGCCGGGCCGAGCGCCACGCCAGCGCCUACCCUGGCAGGCCCUUCUCCAGGCAAGGAUAUGAAGACCCCCGCUGGAACUACGCAGCCCCCGGCUAUGGUGAUGACUAUGCUUAUUGGAGCUACCAAGGGCAGCCGGCAGCCUGGCAGAGGGACAGAGAUUUGAGACAGGGACCGUCUUAUGGUACCGGUUACCGAGACCAGCACUACUACCGGGGUUACCACCCCAACCUGGUAACGCCGUCCCCAGCACAGGACAGAUCAGAGCCUGGUGACUCCCUGGAGCAGAGCCACCGCUGGGGCUCCCGGCAGGAACGGGCAGGGGACGACUCCUUCGGCAGCUCCUCCGGGGAGGGCAGCAGCCAUGCUCACGAGCCUGCUGCCUCCAGCAAGCCCAGCCUUCUCCUGCAGUACCGUGAGUCAGGGCUCAGCUCCAGUGGCUAUGAGCUCAGCCAGUACAUCCGCGAUGACGCUGACCACUAUGACCCAGGGUCCCUGGGGACUUGGAGCCCAGUGCCAGCAGGGAGGGCUUCGGCAUCCGCGCCAGUCCCGCCGGCACCCCAGAAGUUCCCGCUGCCGCACACGCCGGUGUGCUUCAGCGCCGGAGGGCAGCUGGUGCUGGCGUGUCCACACUCUGCUGCCGCGGGGCAGCUAGCUCCCGUGGAGCUGCACAGCUUGGAGGGGAUCCUUCAUGACACCAAAGAGCAAGAGGAGCUACAAGCCUUCCCAGGGCCUCUGGCUAGGGAGGACCUGCACAAGGUGGAUGUGAUGACAUUUUGCCGGCACAAGAUAGCCACGAGCUGUGAUCUUUCAACACAGAGAGGCAGAGAUUCAGCUCUUCUCUGGAAACUCCUAGUCCUCCUCUGCCAGCAGAAUGGGUCCAUGGUGGGCUCAGACACAGCCGAGCUUUUGAUGCAAGACUGCAAGCGUCUGGAGAAGUACAAGAGGCAAAACCCUGCAGCUAGUGCCACCAACCCGUCAGACGAGGAGUGGCGCACAUGUGGACCUGGGGCGGUGGACCUCCUUACAGGGGAGGUCCCUCCCAUCGUGGAGACACUGGCACAGACAGUUGAGAAGUUCACCAAGCUCCUCUACUACGGCAGAAAGAAAGAAGCUCUGGACUGGGCCAUGAGAAACCAUUUGUGGGGCCAUGCCCUCUUCCUCUCCAGCAAGAUGGACCCUCGGACCUACAGCUGGGUGCUCACUGGGUUCACCAGCACGCUGGCUGUCAAUGACCCACUACAGACCUUCUUCCAGCUCAUGUCUGGAAGGAUUCCCCAGGCAGUUCAGUGCUGUGGGGAUGCCAAGUGGGGAGACUGGAGGCCCCACCUGGCUGUGAUGCUGUCCAACAAGGUCGGAGAUGCAGAGCUGAACCGCCGUGCCAUCGUCACCACGGGAGACACUUUGGCUGGCAGGGGAUUAACAGAAGCAGCUCACUUCUGCUACCUGAUGGCAGAUAUUCCUUUUGGUUACUUUGGAGAGAAGGCGAAUCGCAUGGCUUUGCUGGGCAGCAGUCACCGUCAGGCGUUUGCCCAGUUUGCCAGGACAGAGGUUAUCCAGCGCAUGGAAAUCUUUGAGUACUGCCAGCAGCUACGACAACCCGGAGCCUUCCUUCUUCCCUUCCAGGUGUACAAGCUCAUCUACGCCUCUCGCCUGGCGGACUACGGGCUGCCAGCCCAGGCCUUGCACUACUGCGAGAAGAUUGCCACGGUGCUGCUGGAGCAGGGACCUGGCAGGCACCCCGCACUCACCAGACAGCUGCUGGAGCUGGCUGAGCGGCUGAAGUUCUCCGACCCGCUACUGCUGGAGAUGCCGGAUCAGGAGCAGAGCCUGGAGCCCGACUGGCUGGCAGCGCUCCGAGCCCAGUGCUGGGAGCGGGAGAUGGAAGAGGAUGUCCCUCCUGAGCUGGCAUCAGAUGAGCCAGAGCUUUCCAAGGCCAGCAGAUCAGCCACAGAUGGAGAAUUCGGCCCUGAGCUGGCGCAGAACAAGGACUACCAGCACGACCAGCGGCACCAGCAGAGCACCCCGGUGCCGCGGCGGGGAACAGGCCCGCAGGAGGAGCCGGGGCCCCCGGCGCCUGCCCCGGCGGCCGCACCGACCCACGUGGCGGCAUCGCUGCCGCUCCACGCCGGGCCCGCGCAGCAGGCGGCAGCGCUCGGCCCGCCCGCGCCUGCCCCGCCAGGGGAGCUCUGCCGCGAUCCUUCCCCGCCGCCGGGAGAUGCCAGGAAGCCUCAGGACCCCCCACUUCCCUUUGGGGUACCGCAGACUGCUGCAGGAGAGCAGCCAGGGUUAAGUGCAAGGGCCCGGACAGUCUCGGAGAGCUCUACUAUCUCCCUGGAAGAGGACAUUCAGCCUUCCUUGGAAAGCGUGUCUGAGGAUGUCACUGAGGAGCAGUCAUCAGAGGAGGAGGAGAAGCCAGAUGAGGUUAAGAGCUCGGGAUUCAGGUGGUUUGGCUGGUUCCGGUCGAAGCCCUCCCAAGCCACGUCCGACACGCCGAAAUCUCAGGAACGGUCUUCGCCAUCGCCCCCAGCCUCUCCUCUUCUGGAGGCCAGGACCAGCCCUUCAGCUCUGAGUGCUUGGAGCCCCUCUCCUACCAUGUCCAGCCCUUCCUCUGGAAACCCAGGUAAAUUGUCUGUUGAAACAGAAGGCUCGUGGGGCCUGGAUGGCAGGGAACAGGGAGCCUUGCCUGAGGCUGAAGAGCAGGAGCCUCCAUGGGGCCCCAGCAGCCGCCUGCCUGUCACACCAGCGGGGGCCAUCCCGCUCUUCAACCCCAUCCAGGUCCCUCAGCUCGCUGCUGCCAGGCCCCGCCAGCCCCGGCCACUGUCCCAGCGCCGCUACCCCCACCUGCUGUGAUUGGGGCUAGCGGCGACCCUGUGGCACCACCGUCAUCAUCACGAAGAGCAGCCAGCGGAGGAACCUUGCUGUGCUGGAGAUGGGAUUGCGAGGAGCCCGGCCUGCCUGUGUUAGCGUCUGGAGAAGCCUCCUGCCCUCCUUGCAUUGUGCAAGGCAUCGCCCCCUUCCUUGUCCCUGUGCUGUGGUAGUUUUUCC